GUUCUCAUCCUCUCCAGCUCGUCGUCUUCACCUUCAACCACGAUCAUCUCCGUCCAGGCCCACCUGGGCCCGUAGCGGCCUCGCGCCCCCUACCGUACAUCCUCGGCAACGGCGGUCUCUUGCAGGGCUGAAAUCAUGUCUAGUAGUGCGGAGACUGCGUCGUCAUCAUCGAGCAGUCCAACAACGUCAGGGUCGAGUGGGAACCUUGGAAGUCUGCCCUCGCUGUCGUCCUCUGCAGCGCUCUAUCUAUAUACUUUCCUUGCCACCCUUGUGCUCCUGCUCUCGGUCUCAGGAGCAAUUGUCAUCCGUUCGUAUGUGAUACGGAGGCAACAACGAGAAGCCCUUGAGCGAGCGAUCCUUACCGGCACUUACGUCCCACCACCUCCGAGGCGUCGAAUCGACCCAAGCAAGAAACCUACAAUACACGAUGUAUUCCUUCCUACCUCGAAUGAGAAAGCAUCUCUAGAAUUCAGCCAUCGUGAGGUCGAUCUUCAUGCUUGGUGGGCUAGCGUCGUGCCUGCAGCAGCUGUAUUUGAGAAACACCCUUCCACGCAGACAUUCCAGUACAUCUUACCCUCUUCUUCGUUCCAACGACAGCCAGGAUUAUCCUUCUGGCAACGACGACAUCAUUUACGACUUCCUUCGCUCGGGCUUCCCUUCCGCUUUCCAUUGCACCGUUCCAAUACCCAACGCUCUGACAUACCCUUAAGUAUACCAAACACUUCAGGUGUCGUUCCUUCCAGCUCAGUGACGAACGCUGGUUCCGGAACGAGGUCGACACCUGCCGAACUCGAAAAGCUUCAAGUGACUUUCCUAGUCGUAAUGCCAUCUCCGAACCAAAAAUAUGAUUAUGAUAACGUAGACGAGCUUCCUUACGUCGAACUUGGGACUGCAGAAGUCCUUGCGCCUCGUGUAGACGGCUAGAGUGGGAUUUAGAAGGACAUGUAAUGUACUUGUAUUGGAUAUGUAUAGGCAUCAUGAUCAAUGUCUUCACG